AGUCUAAACGCGCGCGCGCACGCGCUCGCGCUGGGAGGAGCCGCGGUUCCGCCGCCUCGACUUUGUCAGUUUCCUAAAUAUAGCGGAGAGGCUGUGAGCGUCCGCCGGAGCCGCAGCGAUAACGUGUGCGUCUGGGCAGGAGCUGCGCGAGCACCGCGGGGCAAGCCAUGCCAAGGUGAUACGGGAGGAGCAGAAUCCACAUUGGGGACAUGUGUUAAAGCUUUCCUGUCUAUCUCUUGACAACCGGGAGCCCGCCGAUAUUCUUCUCCAGCUCCAGCGUUCCAAAAUGGGGAGGAAGAAGAUCCAGAUCACCAGGAUCGUAGACGAGAGGAACCGGCAGGUGACUUUCAUGAAGAGGAAGUUUGGUCUGAUGAAGAAGGCAUAUGAGCUAAGCGUGCUGUGUGACUGUGAAAUCGCCCUCAUCAUUUUCAACAGCUCCAACAAACUCUUUCAGUACGCCAGCACAGACAUGGAUAAAGUGCUGCUGAAGUACACAGAGUACAAUGAGCCGCACGAGAGCAGGACCAACGCUGACAUCGUGGAGGCCCUGAACAAGAAGGAGCACAGAGGGUGUGACAGCCCCGAAGCUGAGUCCUCCUACGUCCUCACCCCCAGCACCGAGGAGAAGUACAAGAAGAUCAAUGAGGAAUUCGACAACAUGAUGAAGAGUCAUAAAAUUUCCACAGGCCUUCCUCAGCAGAACUUCAUGCAUGUGGCACAAAGCAGCAUGACCUACAGCCCUGGAGGAGGAGGGGGAGGAGGAGGAGGAGGAGCGACCUCCCAGGCACUCGCUGCAGCCACAGCAGCUCUGACUGAAAGUGGAAUCCUCUCGUCCCAACACUCACACCUCCACCGAAGCAUAAACGCUCCACAAAGACCUCACAGCACUGGAAACGCAGGCGCCCUGCAAGCUGGCUCUGAUCUCGGCCUGCAAAAUGGAUCUGCACCAGUUGUGAAUGGCUUUGUGGCUUCACCUGGUGGGAGCAGUUUGGGGAAGAUUUUACCCCCCAAAUCUCCUCCUCUUCCACAUCCCGGUAACUGCGUCGUCCCCAACAGCCGCAAAAACGACCUGCGAGUUGUCGUCCCCCAGUCCAAGGGAAUGAUGCAAACCCUGAGCAGUCAGAGGCUGAGCAGCAGCAGCAGUCAGUCUAACCAGCCUCUGAGCACCCCGGGGGUCUCCAUCAACACGCCCAGCUUGCCUCAUCAGACUCUGGUCUACUCUGGCAUCAGCACUCCCUACAACAAUGAUUACUCCUUGAACAGUGCAGAACUGUCAGGCUUCGGCUCCCAUGCUGAUCUGUCUCUGGGCUCCAUGGCAGCAUGGCAGCACCACCAGCUGGGCUCACUGGGGACCGCUAGCUCCCAUCUCUCCAAUCACAACGUCAGCAUCAAAGCCGAGCCGAUCUCCCCACCCCGCAACCAUCGCAGUCAGUCAGGCUACAUGAGUCAGGCUCACGCCCCCCCUCACCCCCUCUCCUCAUCCAACCUGGCAGACAUAGGCAUGUCUCCUGCAGACAGCGUGAGCUCCUCGUGCAGCUCCCACGAGGGCGGCAGCGACCGGGACGAGCAGCAGCGGCAGGACUUCCUCCUGCUGCCUCUGAGUCGAGCCGAGGGCAGAGAGAGCCCGACGGUGAAACGGAUGCGAAUGGACAGCUGGGUGACCUAAAUCUUGCACAACACCAGGGAAAUCAGAGACAGUUUUAUGCAACUCAGCAGAGAAUUUUGUAGACGUGUUCUGUUAGGUUUCAUUGAGUUAUGGUUGUGAUUGCUGUUGAUCAAGUAUUUGAAAAGGGCUGAUCAACUUUACCUGUGACAAACUUCUUGUCGAUGUUGUACUCAGUGGUACUGUUAUUGGUACAUUUAACAUACUGCAAUAAGUCGUCAAUUUGAAGUGUAAAUCAGCCACAUACUGAUAUCAAGGGUCCAACUCUAAUAUAAUCUUUGGUUCCUCAUCCAGUGGGCUGCACUAAUGUGCACAGGGUAGUGUGACUUUAGUGUUCCAGCCGCUUCAUUUGAUCUUCUCAGGGUUUACAACAAUGAACGAAUCCAACAUGAAAAAGCAAUAUUCCUUCCAUACUGUAUCAUCAACCCUUGCACUCCUUCCUACAAAAGCACUUAUUUAUAUCAGCCAAAGCAGUAUGCUGUUCAUUUUAGGUUGUGUGUGUUUGUUUUGCACAGGUCUAGAAAAUAUUUCAUUCAUAUUUCAAAAUAAAAGCCAUAGGCACUUGUUCUGUAAGUACCACGAAUGAUGCUCUUAUUGUUUUGUAUAUACUGUAGUAUCUUUAAUAUAAAUAUAAAUAUAUAUCACUUUUUGCUGUAACUGUAAACUAUUCUGUCUGUUGUAUGAGUAGGACACCUCCACCGAAAUCUGGCAUAUGUUUAUUUUUAUGGAUGAUUUCCAGACUUGCGAGGUGUCUGCUGUAUAGUACAAAUCUAUUUUGUGAAAGACGACAUACAGUACUACACUCUUGUAAACAGGUCUGUAAACACAUGAAAUAUUUAGUACGCUGCACUCUAGACAACCACUUUUCUAGCUAAAACUUUAGGCUUUAAAACUGUUAAUUCAAAUAGAAAAGCUGUCAUGUGAUCUUGGGGCCAAAUUUGGCCGAACAAAUAAGACGAACAAUGAAAUUACUCAUCAAGUGACAAAGUUUGCACCAAUAUUUACGGUUGUGUGUUCACACUGUAUGUGAGGUUAUUUUCUUUGUUCUGGAUAUUUUUUAACUAUAAAUGUUACACUAGCUACAGCAACUAGUGUUAGCGCACCACACACGCAGCAAGAGGCUUCUCUGAUGGGAACUGCUGCUGUUUUACAGUAAAGGGUGGUCACACAAUCAUAUAUUGAUUUGACUUAUUUAUUUUUGUUUCUUGCAUUUUGUCUGGAGUUAGUUCACGAAUAAAAACGAUUCAUGUCUA